CGGAAACUACUUAGGCUUGGAGUAGAUAGCUAUCUGUGCUUCUUUACUUUCCCUCUGAGGGCUGACUUCGAAUCGUCCUCAUCACUACCAACUCGAACGUGGGGUCCAUGUGGUGCCGUCAGUUGCUUCCCUUGCUUGCACUCUUGUCUCCUGUACUGGCGGGUGUACAAGAGCUUUGGUGGAACGUCACAUACGUCGAGAACGCAAAUCCAGAUGGCCUCUUUGAACGCCGCGUCAUUGGUGUCAACGGAACAUGGCCACCUCCACCGAUUGAGGUAAACAACACAGAUUCAUUGCUUGUGCAUGUAACGAAUAGCAUCGAUACGCUUGCGACACUGCAUCACCAUGGCAUGUUCUUUAACUCGACGUCCUGGAUGGAUGGCGCAAUGGGAGUUGCGCAAUGUGGCAUACCCAUGGGCCAGACGUUCGACUACGUUGUACCCAUCAACACCUCCGGCCAAGUCGGAACAUAUUGGGCGCAUGGUCAUGCAAACGGAAUAUAUGUGGAUGGUCUGCGCACGCCUCUCCUGCUGCAUUCUGCGAAUGAAACUUAUGGCGCGCAUUACGAUGCUGAGUUCACUAUCGUGCUGAGCGACUGGUACCAUCAAGAACACACUGUCCUCAUGGAUUCCUUCAUCAGCAUAGCAAAUCCCGGCGGGGCAGAGCCUAUACCUGAUGCUGCUCUCAUAUAUUUCUCCCAAAAUGGUUCCUACCUGCCACCAAUCUCAGGGAGUCACCCAUCCCCGGUAACAAGCGCGGUGGGUUUCAACGAGAACUCGACCCUUCCGUUCGAGCCUGGUAAAACGUACAGGCUGCGCAUAAUCAACACGGGCGCAUUUGCAGGGUUCUACUUCUGGAUCGACGGGCAUGAAAUGCAAAUUAUCGAAGCUGACGGUACAGACACACUGCCGCAGCCCGCUGAUGUCCUGAAUCUGGCAGUAGCUCAGCGUUACUCUGUGCUUGUCACUGCGAGGAAUGAUACAUCGUCAAACUGGGCCAUCCAUGCGAACAUGGAUACAAGCAUGUUUGACAGGGUUCCCAGUACUCUAAAUCCAAAUAUCACCUCCACCAUCACAUACUCCGCCUCCGCUAACACCACUAAUCUGACCACCAUAUCCUCCUAUACCUUGGUAAACGAUACCUCUCUGGUUCCCUUCGUCGCUUUGCCUGCGCCCGACCCAACAGACACCCUCGAUCUUGUGUUCAACUUCGCGACGAUGAACGAUGGGACAAAUCAUGGUUACAUAAACGAUUUGGUUUAUAAUUCGCCAGUGGUGCCCGCGAUCAUAAGCGCGCUGACCCUAGGCGAAAAUGCCACUAGCCAAGUGGCAUACGGGCCGUACAGCUUUGUGUAUAACUACGGAGACGUAAUCGACCUUGUGGUGAUGAAUGCCGAUACGGGAAAACAUCCCUUCCAUAUGCACGGAUACAAGAUGCAGAUUGUCAAUACAGCGACAGAUUAUACCUCCAACGAUACGUCCCUGAACCCACCGCUUGUCGAAGGGCAAGCAAACCCGAUGCGUCGUGACACGGUAACCAUCCCUGGCGGUGGUUCCGUCACGCUCCGGCUCAUCGCUGAUAACCCUGGCGCAUGGAUUUUCCACUGUCACAUCGAAUGGCAUCUUGAUUCGGGUCUUGCAGUCCAGUUCAUAACAGCUCCGCUUCAGAUACAAGAACAGGCACAGGGCCGCGUGCCCUCAUUUUUGUACGACCAGUGUACUGCGCUCGGAAUCCCCGCGAGCGGCAACGCUGCAGGACACGCGAGCCCAACCAACUUGUCGGGCCUCCCGCUUGGCCCGUGGUUCCAGAAGCUCGGUUGGCUGACUAAAGGCAUCUUGGCAAUGGCUGGCUGCGUGUUGACCGCCGCCGUGGGCAUCCUCACUGUUGUGUGGUAUUCUGCUAUGGGAGGUACUAUCACUGAGGAGGAGAUAGAGGAGUUAGUGCUCAAGCGCAUCGAGGAGAAGGAACGCAAAGGAAAGUUCUUUGGUCUGUUCAAGAAAAAGACCUGAAUACCUGAAUACCUGCGCCAUUUGUUCAUAUUGAUCUGGCUGAUCACUCUGGCUAUGUCGUUCUGAGUAGCUUCAUCAAUGACUGUAACCACUCAACAGAUAGUUUAAUGACUACUAUUGUGAUUAAGAGGUGGAUGCACGUGCAAUAAGUACAUGCAAGUACGAGAGAAAUGUAAUUUGAAGUUUGAUUUACUA